CCCGCUGUCACUAGAGAUGCUGCCACUCUCCAGCAUCGCUCUCCACCAUGGAAACAAUUUCCUUUUAAUUUCAUUUUCGUUCUAAAUCGGCAUGCUUUAAAAGUUUCGCGAUAAAAGUGUCGUCAGAGUGAAUUACUAUUCGUUUUUCAUUACAAAAAUCUUUCGUAAAUUUAUAAAUCGGGAUAAGUAUUGAUUUUUGUCGAUAGUGGUGUUGGAGAAAUCUUGAAAAUGAAUCGCUUGGGUCAAAUCCGUUUGCCGCCUAUCGCGGCAGCUGUAAAUGUCGCGCAACAACUUCGACGGCAAAUUCUGCCCACCAACAGACCGAUGGACGGCGAAGAAAACCGUCAAGCCGAAAGGGUCCACUUUGCUCAGGUGCCCAAUCAAACUCAAGUCAACCAUGGUGGCGUAGACGAACACCACGAAAUGAGCAACAUGAAGGGUGGCACCAAUCCGUUUUUGAGCAACGAUACUGCUGCUGCUUAUCAGGAAACCGAUAACAGCAGUUUCAAUAGCGCUUAUCAGAGACAGCAGAGUCGUAUGUCGUCUGUUGAUUUUUCUGAGGGAUCUGAUUUUGUGGAAGGAAAAGAGUUCUUGUAAGAUUAAUGAGUAUCAGGCCGCGUGGAAUGUUACAAAUGCCAUACAGGGGAUGUUUAUCGUUUCUCUCCCCUUUGCCGUUCUCAAGGGAGGUUAUUGGGCCAUCGCGGCCAUGUUAGGAGUCGCGUACAUCUGUUGCUACACGGGCAAGAUAUUGGUGGAAUGCCUCUACGAGUUGGACAUGCAAACGGGCAAACAAAUCAGAGUAAGGGAUUCGUACGUGUCCAUCGCUAAAGAAUGUUUCGGCAAAAAAUACGGUAGCAAAUUGGUCAGCAUAGCUCAGAUUAUCGAAUUGCUGAUGACGUGCAUUUUGUAUGUCGUCGUCUGCGGCGAUUGAUGGUUGGUACUUUUCCAGACGGGGUUAUCGAUACCAGAUCCUGGAUGAUGCUAGUGGGGAUAUUUUUGAUACCUUUGGGCUUUUUGAAAUCUCUAAAAAGCGUCAGCAUCUUAUCGUUCUGGUGCACGAUGUCCCAUAUUUUGAUCAACGCCAUCAUCCUGGGUUACUGUCUGCUGUACAUCGGCGAUUGGGGCUGGAGCAAAGUCAAAUGGUCCGUCGAUUGGGAAAACUUCCCUAUUAGCUUAGGAGUUAUAGUAUUUUCCUAUACAUCACAAAUUUUCCUUCCGACUUUAGAAGGCAACAUGGAGGAUCCAAGCAAAUUUCAAUGGAUGUUAGAUUGGUCGCACGUCUGGGCCGCUAUCUUCAAGUCAAUUUUUGGAUACGUUUGUUUUUUGACGUUUCAAAACGACACGCAGCAAGUCAUUACAAAUAAUUUACCUUCGGCUGGAUUUAAGGGUUUCGUUAAUUUCUGUCUGGUGAUUAAAGCGCUACUGAGUUAUCCUCUUCCAUACUACGCGGCUUGUGAACUGUUGGAAAGGACUUUUUUUAGAGGCAAACCCAAAACUCCAUUCAACUCCAUCUGGGCCCAGGAUGGCGAACUAAAAGUAUGGGGCUUGGCCUGGCGAGUGGGAGUGGUGGUUUUCACCAUUCUGAUGGCGUGCUUCAUUCCGCACUUUUCGAUUUUGAUGGGCUUCAUCGGCAGCUUCACCGGCACGAUGCUGAGCUUCAUCUGGCCCUGCUACUUCCAUCUGAAACUGAAGCGGCAAGGUAUGGACAUGAGAGGAGUCGCCUUGGACUAUUUCAUCAUAUCUUUGGGUUUCUUUUUCGCUUUUAUCGGUAUGUACGAUUCCGGCAAGGCUUUGUUUAAAGCUUUCUCUAUUGGCCUUCCGUUUUAGAACUUAGUUACUAUAAAAAAUUUGAUCAUUCACAACUGGUUUAUAAUUGGAAUAUUUGGAGCCUAAUUCUCAAAGCAUCUUUCAAUUCACCUACAUGUAAAUCCUUAAUAGGAACUUAUUUUAAUGAAUAUCCAAUAGAGAUGGACGAUACUUCACAAAUUGUUAUUUAAUUAUUUUAUUCUUGAUGAG